CUUGCCAUAGUGCCAAUCCGUAGGGGAGGUGAGUGUAAAUUUAAAAAUUGAAGCAAAGCCCCUGGUGCUGUUUGCUUUUGGAAGAUCGUUGCUUUGCAGGAGUUUUAGUGGGUAAGUCAGUCCUCUAAUUACAGAUCUCUCCUCCUCCUCCUCCUCCUCCUCUCUCUGGUUCUUCUCUCCCACUUCUCUUUCUCAAUCCCUGUAGAAACACACACAAGUUAUUACCUAUGUCCUCAAACGCUGACCUCUCUGAAUCACAACCCGGAGCUACCCAUCCCGAAGUCCCAGUCCAAGCUUCCGUAGAGUUGAGAAUGCGUCGGCCAACGGCCAACCAAGUGAUGCGUUGGAACAAGACACUGCAACAACUCAAUUAAAUCCAGAAGCAGAAGAUGGAAUAACCAAUGCCCAGGCAUCGACUAAAUCUGAUGACCAUAACUCGAUCCAGUCCGAUUAUGGAGCCCCGCCCAAUUCUCAUUCCAUUUCCGACCCCAAUCCCAAUUUCAAUCCCAAAACCGACGAAUCUCCGGAGCCUAGCAACGCUUCGGAGACCAAUUCCAAGCUGGGCAAUGACCAGGGCAGCCGAACCUUUACCAUGAGAGAAUUGUUGAAUGAAUUGAAGAAUGGUGAGAUGGUUCCUGGUGGUUCAGAUGCUGAUCACAGAGAUACCGCCACUCCCCAUAGUCAAGAAAGCACACAACAUAUUGAUCAGAACAAUGCUGCCAUGGAAUUACUUGAUAGCGUCACAGGGGCUGAUGAGGAGGGUCGGUCUCGCCAACGCAUUCUUACCUUUGCAGCGAAGAGGUAUGCUAGUGCAUUAGAGAGAAAUCCAGACGAUUAUGAUGCACUCUAUAAUUGGGCGUUAGUACUUCAGGUCUGACCUAUUGCAACUCCU